GUAAAUAUGGAGGUGUAGACUUUUCUAGACACCAUAGAGGGUCGUCGGGCAAUGGUGGCGGCCGUCAACACGUCCAGGUGUCAUUGACGGACAGGAGUAAGAAAAAUGUCUGCCCAAGACCUGACCAAUGACCAGAUUAAAGCCAAACAAUCCAAGUUUAACCAAAAGUUCAAGCAGCAGCGCCUCCCAGCAUGGCAGCCAAUUCUCACUGCAGACACUGUCCUGCCAGCCUUCUUCCUCAUUGGACUGCUCUUUGUACCACUUGGAGCAGCCCUCCUCUUCUUCUCCCGCAGUGUCCAAGAAAUGCAGCUGGACUAUACUGACUGCAAGAGUGUGAGCCACAUGGAGGCUGGCGUUUCAGUGCCUUGCAGUGAGGUGAUCAGGAGAAGCAACUUCACUCUUGACUGCACCUGUCAAGUCAACUUUACCAUCACUGAACCUUUUGUAAAGACUGUUUAUCUCUACUAUGGGCUGGAUAAUUUCUACCAGAACCACCGUCGUUAUGUUAAGUCCCGCGAUGAUAACCAACUUCUCGGGAAGGAAAUCACCUCACCCAGUAAUGACUGCAAUCCAUUUGGCAUGAAUGAUGGAAAGAUAUAUGCUCCAUGUGGUGCUAUUGCCAAUUCCAUGUUCAAUGAUUCCUUGACACUCUUUGAUGCUGGAAAAGAUGAAAAGCUGAAGCUGAUCAAGACUGGCAUUGCUUGGCCUUCAGAUCGUAAGAUAAAAUUCAACAAUCCUCCAGGGAAGCUUAAUGACACUGGAGCUUUCAAAAACACCAUCAAGCCACCAUAUUGGACGAAGAGUGUGUGGCAGCUAAGUGAUAAUCCUGAUAACAAUGGUUACAAGAAUGAAGACUUGAUUGUGUGGAUGCGCAGUGCUGCAUUCCCAACCUUCCGGAAAUUGUACGGAAAGAUUGAUCACAGUAUGAAGGGCUUCAAGUUUAGCUUCCCCAAGGGAAGAUAUUAUCUAGAAGUGCAGUAUCGUUAUCCAGUUGACUCAUUUGGUGGCCGCAAGCGCAUGAUCCUCUCCACCACAAGCUUUCUUGGAGGCAAAAACAACUUCCUGGGUAUUGCAUACAUCACAGUGGGCUGCAUUUGUCUCUUACUGGGCAUCAUCUUCCUCAUCAUUCACAUCAAGUUUGGCAGGAGGGCUGUUGACCAACUGAACAUCAACCAAAACACGCCAUAUAGUGACUAGCCCAGAGCAGUUUGCCUCUAGCCACCCAACAUGAUACUGGUGGGUUGAAGAGAAGCUGUAGGUGGCUCUGAGGUCAUAAAGGAUAUAUCUUCUUGAGAUGAAGCACAGCUGCUGCUUCCAAACCUGAUCAACAAUAAGUCACACAAGUAGUUGUGAACCUAUUUAUCUUCUCAGUAUAGAUUGUGUUUUUUAUUUUUAAACUGAAUAGCAACAUAAAUCAGAUGUAUCUAGUUGAUUAAGAACUAAGAACAUAAAUUCAUAUGUGAAUUCAUUUUGGUGUUCUGUUGAACUGGAGUAUGCUUAUUAAAUAAGUGAUUAAAUUAUUCAAGCACUAUGAUAUUUAAAUAUGGUUGUAGAGAUUAGAUAAAAAAAAUUCCUUAUAAAAAAUAGUGUUAUAUUAUAUCAAGUCUGUUGGGUUACCUAAAAGAAAGAACACAAAUGUCUCACUGAAUGCAAAGUAUGAGCAGUCAUGUGUUUGUUCCACAGGCUGUAGCUGGGCAGUAGAUAGCUCAGGAGUCCUUAUAUCUAAGAAUAUUAUUUUACAAUGUGUCUGGUCCUGCCAGCUGAACUUCACAUGAAAUGCACAUUAGAUGUAUAAAGAUGGCCACAUACAGAUUGCCUCAAAGUAGUCAAUAGUAUUUGUAAUGUGUGGCACCAACAUGGUUAACAAAAAAUACAAUAUUCUUUUAUCUGUAACAACAUUCACAAUAUUGGUCUUGAUCAUUAUCACUCUUUGUACAAACAUAAGAAAUGGUUCUAAAUAAAACUAAUGAUUCAUUAUUAAAAGAUGGUCAAAUGAGAAAGGUAUCACCAUUUAAUGGUUUGUAUUUCUGCUGGUAUGACAUGUGUCAUCAUAAAGUGGCAAUACUGUUGCCCAAUACUUCUGAUGCAGGCAAAUCUAUUGUAAGUCUUAGUGAUGGCAUACAUAUGUACUGUAGCUACAGUGCAGAGAGGAUGCUCUAUUCAAUAAUUUUUCAUUAUUUGUUUCACCUUUAUUUCUUUUUUAUCUUAUCUAGUCCGGUGAAGUUUUGGAGAAUAUCUGAAUUCAUUUAUCUCAGAUGUAAGGGUAGAGGUGACAUGAAGAUUUUUCAGGGUCCAGUAAGCACAUCUGGAAGCACACCUUCUGCUCUUUAUCCCAGCAUGUAUUUUGUGUUUUUGUGUAGCGAGAGGAUUGAAAGCCAAUUAUAAGUUUUUGUUUUUAAGUGUGUGUGUGUGUGUGUGUGUGUGUGAGAGAGAGAGAGAGAGAGAGAGAGAGAGAGAGAGAGAGAGAGAGAGAGAGAGAGAGAGAGACUAUGUUCGACUGCAUGCAUAUGUGUAAACUUACAUGGUAGUUUGAUUAAUGAACUGUUUGUUUAUGUAUGUGGAAUUGUCCUGUGCUAUUUAUAUUUGUUAAGAAACAAGGAAAACAAAUAAUUGAUUAUCAGCUAGUUUCUUUUCUUGAUUAAGUUUAUGGAGCAGUGUUGUUUAUUCAAGAGAUUGCUGUGAUUUCCUAAUAUUGCUUAUACCAGAAAUUGUGUUACUUAAGUUAUGCCAGUAGUGUACGUAUAAGCAUGGCCUAUUGAUGGUGAGUGUCGGCACCCUGUAGGUAUUGCUGAAUUUAUGAAAAAUGAGCAGAUUGUACCUGGGCACUGACUACCUUGCACUUGAAAGAAACCUCUCCUACAAAUUUUGUCCAUGUCUGAACCACAAAUUGUUCUGGUCCUUAGUAUGAUUAUGUAUAUAUACAUAUAUUUUUUUAUGCAUUUAUUUUCAUCAGUCUUGAUCUAAUAUUGGUCUGUUUAUUGGUGAUGUAAAUACCAUAAAGCCAUAAGCAGCAGAUAAGGUGAGAACAGUGCCAUUAGAAAAAAAAAUUCCCUGUUUUUCCCCAAGGAGUGAUUUAGGCUGUACCUGACUUCCAAAGUUGAAUAAAAUUUAGUCUUGGCUGCUGCUUAAGCAAACAAAUAAAUAUGUAAUCAUGAAAAUUGAAUGCAUCAUAUUGCUCAAAUAAAAAAAAUCUAAAGAAAAAAUGAUUAGGAUUGCAUAUUAUAUGAAAAGAUUUGUGUAACAACUUGAAAUGUCAGCCAAGUUUGAUUGUACUUUUCUUUUGAAAACUAAAAGUAUAGUUGUUUAAUAGAUAAAGUUGAGUUUUCAUGUAAAAUUUAAAUUUUCAUCAUUUGAAAUAUAUAAAUGACAUUUGAGUAAACUUAGUUUGCUUUUCAUGUAAGUGAUCAGUCAGCCAAUACAUCACUAAGUAAAUAAAAGUAAUCUUGCUUGUCACACUAGGCUUGUGUCAUUAUUACUAAUGUUAUGUAGCUAAAGCCAUACCAUAGUUAAGAUAAUCCAAGUAGAUACUUACCAGUUCCCCUGCAUUCAUCAACUACAAACUGAUGCUUAGGCUUGGUACACCACAAUCUGCACUUAAAGGCUUCCUUUCUAGUGGACAUGGCUGUAAGAGAGAAUAAUUUGUGAUCAUAUUUUGUCAUAUAGUCCCAUUUUAUGUAGUGUUGUAUUUCAUUACCUUCCAGUUCUGAGUGCAUAUGAAUUUACUUGUGUUAAAUUUUAAAGAAGUCUGUAUUUAACAUAAGCUUGCACAUUGAAAACCUAAAAGAGGAGGUUAUUAUGAUAAAACAAUCACAUUUCAGUGAUGCAACUCUUAUUUCAUAAAAAAGUGUGAAUCUUCUAAUAGUAUUGCCAAAAUCAUUAUGGAAAAAUGUGAUUAGCUUGCCAUUCAUUAUGUACGGUGCUUCUUGUUAGAACCUCAGCCAUAAUGAUAAAACCAAAUCCAUUAGGUGACAGUGUCCACUGUGAAGGAUGUCAUGUAAAUGUAUGAUGUGCUGGUGUUUCAAAGCUGAGCAUUAUCAUGUGAAAGCAAAUGUGACCUGUUACAUCAGAUUUUUAAAAUCUUUAUUAAUAUUUUACUUUUUGUAUUUUCUUGUAUCGCUAGGAACCGUUGUUGCUUAUGUAGAUGAUACAUCAGUGCUUAAUGUAAGAAUAUCAGCUGCAUCUAACCAUUAUAUUAUUAUUGUUAUUAUAGAUGGCAGUUAUAGCAUAUGGUGUUGUUGACAUCAUUAAUGUUAAUAGUUCUGUGGCAUAAUGCAACCAUUCACUUAUCUUCUCAAUUCUCAUCUCACUUUCCUUAGUGUAAUUUUAUGGGAAAAUACUGCUGAGAUUUGUUUAAGUUACAUUUUGUUGUUAUGAAUACUGAGUUUUAUGUAGAGGGCCAAUUACAUUCCAUUUUUUAAAGUGAAUUACAAGUAUCCAUCUGCAGUGCUGCUGAUUUUUCCAUUACUGACUGACUUAGGAUCUUACUUAUAUUUGAGAGUUUUUGAUAAGGCUUUUCUUGCCAGAAUUUGAUCACUUCCUUUUCCUGCAGGAAGUAUUUUCGUAUUUCUUAUUUCAGAAUUCAAAUUGACGUAAAGCAAGGAAGGGCUUAAUUGCUAGUUAUUCUUUUGUUUCAUCAGUUUGUAGCAAAAAAAAAAAAAAAAAAAAGUCUGGAAAGCAGCAAAACAGUAUUCUCAUGUGUUAACAAAGUGAAAGUCUAGUAAAUGAACAACAAACACUGAGGUAUGCAGUAUUCAAAAUGUUCCCAUUAUCUCUGUUGAUGUGAAAUGUUUGGUGUAAAGAUCAUAUUUUUGUGAUGUCUGUCUGUGAUUAUGAAAGUGGUUUCCACAUUAUCCAGAUCCUAUAUUUACUGCUGUUUGAAGUUUAUGUCUAUCCACUCAAGAAGUAUUGUUUGAUAUCUAGUCUAAUUAAAUAUAUGCAGUGC